GGUCGAGGUUUCCUUUUUUCCAUUUCCCCAUCCUGUUUUUACUUUUAUUCUCCAACCUCUUAAUUCGACGUCUCCUUAGCAUUGUAUUCCACUCCACUCCUUGUACAAUUCCUUACAUCUCUUCUCCCAGCACCUGCACUGUCUUCCUCCCUGACAGUCGUGGCUUGCGUGCUUGCUUUUGGCUUCUCACUUACAGCUCCAGCACCCGAUAGCACCUCAAGUCCACUAUUGUCUGUGGAGGGUCCACCUCCACUGAGCUACCUUACCUACUACUCAAGCACGAUAGACUACGACGCAGUACGUACCGGCUUCGACAGCACCUCAGAUGAGGUGACAAGCAUCCCUCACCUCACCUCCACCAAAGAGAUAAACGUGCUGGGUGAUAAGUCGCUAGAGCCCGGCCCCCUGGCGCUCUGGCUCUGUCCAGGCAGAGGCUCUGUUUCAUUCCGCUGUCAGGGUACUCACUCAUCAAAAUUGGAUCAUUGUGGCCUGGACCGGUCAGCGAAGUAGCGGCCUCUCCGGAAGGUACCUGACCUUGUUCGUCUGUCUCUCCACCGUCUUUCGCCGCCAUCUUGGCCGACCAAGCGGACGGGACUCCUUUUCAACCGCUCUCCCUCCCGUCGUCACAAGCAAACUAUAGGAACCACUGCCUUGCACAAGCUUUUUGCGACACACCGAUCUUGUUAUCUAUUCUUGCAACUCCGUGUCUUUUUUGAAAAGUGCUGAGCCGGCACGGCAUCACCUCCGAAGCUUAUCGGCACCAGGUUAUGAAGACGUGGGAGUCUUCCGACCACUUGACUUGUACAAAGAGGUACUCUUUCACCUUGAACCAGCAUCAGCUGCCGCCUCCGACUUCGCCGCCACUAUUGAAGUUUUCAUGUAUACCGACCCAACGGAAUUCAGUAGUCCGAAACGUACCCAUGAAAUCCAGCUCAAAGUGCUCGAUAUCUUCAGCCAUUGUCAUCAGUCCCUCCACCGGCUCUCCACCGUCUUUUUCUCCGGUUCACUAGCAGGUACAGACUUUUUUUACCUCUGGACCCUGAAUUUUCUAUAUCUUCAACUGUCCAUUCUUCUUUUCGUGCCCCUAACCCCGUGACGCGCAGACUUUAUUCGUUCCUAAAAGAGGCUUCAACCUGCAGAUGUAACGAAACAGCCCCGAACACACUGUUACACUUACACGGCACCUGAACGGCCCUCGAUUUAGAUCACAACUAAAGCUAAAGCUCAAGCUCACGCUGAGCUAAGCUUUCUACUGCAUCACGGAGUUUCACUCACCAAAGUUGUCUCGCUUCACCAGCACAAGGUCCACAGUUUGUUACUUUCGCCGCUUUUUUGCACACGAGAAGCCAAUUUUUGCGCCACGAGCUUACGAGUCACAAGCCAUCUCGAGGUUUGAGGUUCUCUUUGCAACGUUGUUUCUUUCGGAGGGAGAUCAACAAUCAUUGAUCCACGCGAGAAGAACAAAAUAAGAGCAGAGACAAAAAGUAUUGUAUAACCUGCAGCGUCUGUGUGCCCUUAACAACCGUCAGCUGCUGCACCUCCCAGCCCAGCCAGCUUUGGUGUUGUCCGAUCACAGGACCGUUGGAACAACAACUUCAGCGAUCCAGAAGCCAUUUACCAGCGAAUAAUCCUUGGCCUUGCUUUCAAAACUUCUAACGACUGUGUCAGUGGUUUACGGCACCUAAAUUGGAAAUUGGCCAUCGCUGUUUAUUGAGUGACACUGUGUGUGCCUGCAAUCAUUUAACCUCUGUCGAUUCCACCAUAGGCCCGUUAACCCUCACUUAUUAUUCAAUUUAGCGACCAUGCUUCACAUUGCUAGUCGUCGAUAAGCACUUUUACGUCGAAGAAUCACUGAGUGGCAUUAGCAGCCGUGCGUUGAUCACACCAAGUGCAUAUCCUAUCGUUGCGGAGGCUGCUGAAGACUUCAAAAUCCUCAAAUAUGGAUUUGAAUAUGCCUAUGAUACUGCCAAAGGGCAUUGUCAUCAAUUCCAAAAACAUAUAUAAAGAGGUUGCUGAUUUUCCUUUGGUCCCCCCUGACAAGGUUUGGGAGUACUGGCAUGUGUAUACGACCACAUAUAAGAAGCUCAAGGAUCCGACUGCUUGCCGACUUGAAAACUUUUGGUGGCAUGUUUGGGGAAGUGAUCGCAGGUUUCUCAAGGGUAGUGCCCUGGCAAAACUUUACGAGGAGAUCUCGGUUGGACCAACCUUUGUCCCCCUCAAGGGACCGCCAAAUCGAUGGGAAGGACCCGAUAUACCACCCCUGAUCAGACAGAUUCUAGAAGCCGCUGAAUCUCAGGCGACCCCACCACUGACACAAACCCAAGGGUCCCGCCCUUCAAGAUCCACCGACUCAGCGUUAAGAACAUUAUCUUCAAGUGCCUCAAAGCCGCCACCCGCCCACCCAAUCUUGAAAAAAGCCCGAGGGCCAUCAUCAUCGGGGCCUCGGCCAACGGCUCGUUUUGUAUCACCCCAUGAAUCCGCUGAUGAGGACGAGAUCCCCUCUUCAGGAAGCACAGCUGCGACAGUGUCUGAGGCGCCCGUGUAUGUAACGGAUCCGCCGAAGAAGAAAAUGGCCAUUGCACCCCCUCAGAAGCUUACCCCCUCGUCUCCCGUCACUAGUAAGAAAACCACUCAGCUAAGCAAAUCAUCAUCAAGCGCGGGACCGGUUGUUCGAGAAGCCGGGGCUGGAAAAUCGAGCGGGCCAAGGAAUGGCACGCUGCAGCGGCCCGUAGUUAACAUUGCUCGCACAAGCGUGGAAUACGACCAACCAGCCUCUAGGGACAUGAAUGGAAUGACCAGGGAAGGUCACCCAUAUCCGAUGAGCGAGAAGGCACGAGGAAAGCAACCAGCAGUUCCUGUUCGGCCAGUUACAUACAGAAACGAAGUCGUCAAGGACGUGAUAGAAGAAGAAACUUGGCCAUCACCCCCUAAAGAUCGACCUCGAAGCAUUCAUCGAGAGAAGGGUGUGCUCCCCCAAGCUCGCUCUCUCAUAAACCUUGCGAACCACGGACCACGAAGAGGGUCUGGAGCUUCUUCAAGGUCGACUAUCGGAGUGGGAUCGCUUGAGAGUGGAAGGAGUCUGGAAACCCCCCCUAUGGCACGAUCCCAUUCCCAUGGCGGAUAUGAUCAACCAAAACCGCACAACAACAUUCGAGCACCUGGACUCUUUACGGAAGCCACCUCAUCGACAUCCAACGUUGCGGUGACUGGCACAAUUCUCGAUCAAUCUGGGUUUGGAUCCACGUCGGACUUGAGUACUAUCGAUCAUUCACGGCUUGAACAUCACACCAUCCCCGUUGUACCACCACAACCCUCUAUCCUCGAUGCUCGUUUCACCCCAACUCCUCCUACUACAACAGCUAGUGUACCUCUAGGACGCACAAAAAGCCAGCUAACACUACUACUUGAACGAGAAAAGGCACGAAGCGGUGAUAGAUCGCGAUCCAGAAACUAAAAUAUUCUUUGUACCCCUAAAAACCAUUAUGUCACCGUUAUUCUGUGUCGUGGUAAGGUCUCACCACGGCUAUGUACACCAUUUAUAAACAAGGGCCUAGCUCACAUAUUAAGCAAAAUGCUUCUUUCUCCGUAUGACUCCAGGUGCAUGGUCACGGAGGGUCGGGUGGGUGCAUCAAAACAUUUGCGGCCCGCAUGGUCAUUUGAGAUAUUUCCCAAUUUCUUGCUAUAUGAUAAAGGACUACUGGCUCAGAAGUGAAAGUUUGAAAGCCGCGCGUAUGGUUCUUCAUACCAUAAUCGAAUCAGGGGGCGGGGCGUUGACGGCAAAGCUGAAGACGGGCUAAAAGGUCUAUCUCACGAAGGAAAUGAACGGGAAUUCAGUUGAUACCAGUUAGAUAACUAAAAGCAAGGCAUUGCAGAUGCUGCUUAGAACUUGAUAUAAGCGACGUUUUGAGUGUAUGUCAUUACCCUGGAGCUGCCAGAUUUUUUAUUUUGCAUAUUUAAUCGAGGGAAAGAAAGCAUCAUAUAAAACACUACAGUGGGAAUUGUCUCAAGACAUUAAUAUCUGUCCUUCUAAUAAUCAGAAACCAUCCUCUUUCGUUAUCCAUC